CGCCCCGCCGCGGGGCUGAGGGGCUGGAGCGGGGCCCGGGCUCCCGGGCUUCUGCGUUCUGCGCCCGCCGCGGCGGUGCCGAGCCCGCAGGCUGCUGAUUGUCCUUCGCGGCGGCCGCGGUCGCAGCCUCCUUUCCUCGGCCGGGGCUGCCUGCGCCGGAGCGAGCGCGCCUCUCGCGGCUACAGUCGCCCAGAGCAGGUUGCUAAGAUAGUUUGAAUUUCACCAGAAAGGUGAUUUUUCACACAGCUUUGGAUGUCAUUAAAGUAGAUGACGUCAGGCUUGCAGUGGUGAUGCAGAUCUACCAAAAUCAGUCAGUAACUGGGGAAAUCUCUGUAGCGCCAGCAGAAACGGACUGCAGGAGACAUAGAUCUUGGUAGACAGUGUGGCUGGGUAGACAGCGUGGCUGCAGGCCUUGGGGUUGGCAUCCCUGCCGCCUUUGAACGGAGCGUGUUGGCAGCUCAGGGCCCAGCUCAGCCUGCAUCCUGCAUCCUGCAUCCUGCAUCAUGCCCGCGCUGUCCGCAGGCUCGGGGAGCGACACAGGUCUGUAUGAGCUGCUGGCGGCUCUGCCAGCCCGGCUGCAGCCACAUGUGGACAGCCAGGAAGACCUGACCUUCCUCUGGGAUGUGUUUGGUGAAAAAAGCCUGCAUUCACUAGUCAAGAUUCACGAGAUACUUCACUACUACGAGAAGCAGAAUCCCACGCCCGUCCUCCAGGGUGCGGCAGCCUUAGCUGGUGAUCUGGCGGAGGAGCUUCAGAACAAGCCAUUGAACAGUGAGAUCCGAGAGCUGUUGAAACUACUGUCAAAACCCAAUGUGCAGGCUUUGCUCUCUGUACACGAUACUGUGGCUCUGAAGAAGUAUGAUCCCGUGUUGCCUCCUAUGCCUGAUGAUAUUGAUGAUGAGGAAGACUCAGUGAAAAUCAUCCGUCUGGUCAAAAACAGAGAACCGCUGGGAGCUACCAUUAAGAAAGAUGAUCAGACCGGGGCCGUCGUUGUGGCCAGAAUCAUGAGAGGAGGAGCCGCAGACAGAAGUGGUCUUAUUCACGUGGGCGAUGAACUUAGGGAAGUGAAUGGGAUACCUGUCGAGGAUAAAAGCCCUGAGGAAAUCAUUCAGAUCUUGGCUCAGUCUCAGGGUGCAAUCACAUUCAAGAUUAUACCCAGCAUCAAGGAGGAGACACCAUCAAAGGAGGGCAAGAUGUUUAUCAAAGCCCUCUUUGACUAUGACCCUAACGAGGAUAAAGCAAUUCCAUGUAAGGAAGCUGGGCUUUCUUUCAAAAAGGGAGAUAUUCUUCAGAUUAUGAGCCAGGAUGAUGCAACAUGGUGGCAGGCGAAGCACGAAGGAGAUGCCAAUCCCAGAGCAGGCUUGAUUCCCUCUAAGCAUUUCCAGGAAAGGAGAUUGGCUCUGAGACGACCAGAAACAUUAGUCCAGCCCCUGAAAGUUUCCAACAGGAAAUCAUCUGGUUUUAGAAGAAGUUUCCGUCUUAGUAGAAAAGAUAAGAAAACAAAUAAAUCCAUGUAUGAAUGCAAGAAGAGUGACCAGUACGACACAGCCGAUGUGCCCACUUAUGAGGAGGUGACACCCUAUCGACGGCAGAUGAAUGAGAACUACAGGCUCGUUGUCUUGGUUGGUCCUGUAGGAGUAGGUUUGAAUGAACUGAAACGAAAACUGCUGAUCAGUGACACACAGCACUACGGCGUGACGGUGCCCCACACCACCAGACCAAGAAGAAGCCAGGAGAGUGAUGGUGUCGAAUAUGUCUUCAUUUCCAAGCAUUUGUUUGAGACCGAUGUACAAAAUAACAAGUUUAUUGAAUAUGGUGAAUAUAAAAACAACUAUUACGGCACAAGUAUAGACUCAGUUCGGUCUGUCCUAGCUAAAAACAAAGUUUGUUUGUUGGACGUUCAGCCUCAUACAGUGAAGCACUUAAGGACACUAGAAUUUAAGCCCUAUGUGAUAUUUAUAAAGCCUCCAUCAAUAGAGCGUUUGAGGGAGACAAGAAAAAAUGCAAAGAUUAUUUCAAGCAGAGAUGACCAAGGUGCUGCAAAGCCCUUUACGGAAGAAGACUUUCAAGAAAUGAUUAAAUCUGCCCAGAUAAUGGAAAGUCAAUAUGGUCAUCUUUUUGACAAAACUAUAGUAAAUGAUGAUCUCACCAUGGCAUUCAGUGAGCUAAAAACAACUUUUGACAAAUUGGAGACAGAUACCCACUGGGUUCCAGUGAGCUGGUUGCAUUCAUAACUAAGGGAAAUUUCCAUAAUUAUCUUUUCUGUAGAGUGCAUGAUUAAAUCAGUUACCAUUUUGGUGGUAGGGUUUUUUAAUCUAUAUCACUGUUAAGGUGUGCAAUCUUGGUUAAAAUUGAAUGUUGGUUUUGUUUGUAUCUUUCUACAGCCUUAUUUCAAGCACAGUGUUUGAGUUUAAGGUCCACAAUCAAAAUCUGCACAGUACCGUAUUCUGAGCAAAGCUUUCAGCCUUCUGGUUGUCUUGACUGUGUAGCUCUGUCUCCAAAAUGGGGUUGAACUUUUUAGAGAGACAUAGCUGGAGAAUGUACACGGGAGUUCAGUGCUUCAGCUGGUCUCCGACGUCGUCACUGCCUUGGAGUUUGCAUGUCAGCCGCUGAAUACAUUCAGUUCGCAGUCUUCAGGACCACGAACUGGGCUGGCAGUAAGGCCGAGUCCUCUUACUAUCAUAGAGGCGCCUGGGCUGGCAGUAAGGCCACGUCCUCUUACUAUUCUGGAAGUGCAACCUUUUUCUUACGUAGACACAAUAUAUUCACAGUUACAGUUUGAGAAGGCCUUAUGAGUGCAUAUAUCAGUGACUCAACAAAUGUUUAAUAAGGGAAGAUGGGCUUUUAAAAAUUAUUAUGUAUGAAACUAAAAACCAUUCUUUAUGGCUUAAGAAUGGCGAUAUCCUGGGGCAAGUAAGAUUACAAAGGACAUUUUUAUUUGUAAAUACUCAUACAACAUUUCUGGACUCACCAGAAAUUCUGGAGCCAGUUAUCUGGCUUUGGAUUUUCCCAAUAAAUUAUAAGAAUGAUUCCUAUUUUAAAAGUAGGUUUUACAUGCUACUG